AUGGCUGGAGAUCCUGUGGCAAACCUUUCCAAUGGCAAUGCGAAUAAGCAGCAGCCUGAUCCUCGAAGAACUUACCAAGUGGUUGUGGCUGCCACUAAGGACAUGGGUAUUGGUAAAGAUGGGAAGCUACCAUGGAAAUUGCCUUCGGAUCUUAAGUUUUUUAAGGAUGUGACCUUGACUACAACGGAUUCUGGGAAGAAGAAUGCACUUAUAAUGGGAAGGAAGACUUGGGAAAGUAUUCCACUCGAGCACAGGCCUCUUCCUGGUCGGCUUAAUGUUGUUUUGACUCGUUCUGGGAGUUUUGAUAUUGCUACUGCUGAGAAUGUUGUGAUUUGUGGAAGCAUGGGUUCUGCGUUGGAGUUGUUGGCUGCUUCUCCUUAUGGUUUGUCAAUCGAGAAAGUGUUUGUUAUUGGAGGUGGUCAGAUAUUAAGGGAAUCUUUGAAUGUGCCUGGAUGUGAUGCUGUCCACAUUACGGAAAUUGAAACAGAUUUUGAUUGUGAUACUUUUAUCCCUGCAAUCGAUACCUCUGUAUUUCAGCCUUGGUGCUCUUCUUUUCCCAAGGUGGAAAAUGACAUAAGAUUUUGCUUUACGACUUAUGUUCGAGUGAGGAGUUCUGCAAUUGAGUCCCAUAGUCAAAAUAAUGGUGUGAGCUCUGAUGAUAAUUCAGAAAACAGUAAGUUUGAGGUAAAACAGUUCUUGUUCCUUCCCAAGAUGGUUUUUGAGAGACACGAGGAGUAUUUGUAUCUCAGACUGGUUCAAGACAUCAUCUCAGAUGGCAUUUUGAAGGAUGACAGGACAGGAACUGGUACUCUAUCAAAAUUUGGUUGCCAGAUGCGGUUCAAUCUGCGCAAAACUUUUCCACUUCUUACAACAAAGAAAGUAUUUUGGCGAGGUGUCGUUGAAGAACUCUUGUGGUUCAUCAGUGGUUCAACGAAUGCCAAGGUCCUUCGGGAAAAGGGUAUUCACAUAUGGGAUGGCAAUGCAUCCAGAGAUUACCUUGACAGUGUUGGGUUAAAGGACAGAGAGGAGGGCGACUUGGGACCUGUAUAUGGGUUCCAGUGGAGACACUUUGGUGCUAGGUAUACUGAUAUGCAUGCCGACUACACUGGCCAAGGAUUUGACCAGUUGUUAGAUGUUAUUGACAAGAUUAAGAACAAUCCAAAUGAUCGUCGGAUUAUACUCUCAGCCUGGAAUCCUUCUGAUCUCAAAUUGAUGGCGCUUCCACCCUGCCACAUGUUUGCUCAGUUCUAUGUAGCCAAUGGAGAAUUGUCAUGCCAAAUGUACCAGCGUUCUGCUGACAUGGGCCUUGGUGUGCCCUUCAACAUUGCAUCUUAUGCUCUCCUGACAUGCAUCAUUGCUCAUGUCUGUGAUCUUGUUCCUGGCGACUUCAUUCAUGUGAUUGGUGAUACUCAUGUUUAUCGCACUCAUAUCAGACCUCUGCAGGAGCAGCUUCAGAAAAUGCCAAAGCCUUUCCCAAUUUUGAAGAUCAAUUCUGAGAAGAAAGACAUUGAUUCUUUUGUGGAGGCUGAUUUCAAACUCAUAGGCUAUGAUCCUCACCAGAAAAUUGAAAUGAAAAUGGCAGUAUAG